CAUCAAUAAGUCAUCAAUGCAGUCAGACUCAGAACACCAUGCUAUCUGUGUGAAGAACAUGGACAUUACGGUUCUCCCAAACAAUAAUCACCCGGAGAAAUUCCUCCAGCUGGAUGUGGGAAUGCUACCAGCCACCCACGGCAUGUUCCAGAUUGGGGCUGCACUCUCCGGCCAGAGGCAGUGGCAGAACACGGUGUAUUCACAGAGGGAGCGCAGGGGGCUGAGGGCAACACAAGUUCAAGCACCUCCACCUGUCAGUCCACACUUCAGAGACCGUGAGCUGGAGCAGCACAUCACACCACUCACCCUGAAACCAAAGAUCAAACAGAAUCCCCUCUACAUGGACAUCCAUCCUGAUGAUGACGAGAACAACAGAACCAAACCAUCGUGGACCAUCGAGGACUAUGACAGACAUGCUAUGCAUGGCAACCUGGCAGAGUAUCUAAAGGAAGACCCAAGGAAACUGAACUUCUGGCUGGAGGAUCUCUACACCCCAGGCUUCGACUCCCUGCUGAAGAAGAAAGAAGCAGAACUGAAAAGGAACAAAAUUUGUAAAAUCGUCACUUCAGUCAUUCUGUCAGUGUUCGUAGUUGUGAUCAUUAUUACAGUGCCAAUUGUAGUGACACAAAGAAAAGACUAAUGGAAGAUUAAUGGAAUCAGGCUAAAAGGACUGACUCUCUUAUCUCAGCUGAUUAACAAGGCCUCUUGUACUGCUGGACAGAUUAUUACCCACAGGCUCAUGUCACUGCUUGGGCUUACACAGGCCUAAUUCAGACUAAUGGAGAACUCUUGUAUUGCUCUAAGGAACAGCAGCACCACCAUGAGACCAGCAACGAGUGAGGUACCUUCGAUUGAACAGGAUUUUCUUAGUGGUUGAGCUUUUCUUUUUAAAGAAAAUAUUUAAGAAAACUUUAAACAGCAUGUGAGCAUUUCCUAGCUGUCUAUAUGACCAUGAAUAGCCUUUCCUGAACAGCAAAGACAGUAAUUCCAUACAAAAGCAGAUAAAGUCUUUUUAAUACCCCUGAUGCUUGAUUGAGACAGUUUUCCAAAGGCAUGUUAAUGUUUUCAUACUGCAAAACUGCAACUGCAAAAAGUAUUUGCUUUUCCAUGUCUUCAUGGACCUUGCUUUGUCCACUGGUGCGCAGUCAAGUUGUUACAGGAAGGGGACAUCCUCAAACUGUUCCCACAAAGGUGGGAGAAUGAAAUUGUCUAAAAUCUCAUGAAGUGUUCCUUUCACUGGAACUAAGGUGUUGAUCCCAACUCCUGAAAAACAAGCCCACACCAUAAUCCCCCCUCUACCAAACUUUACACUUGGCACAGUGUAGUUAGACAAUUACCGUUCCCUGGACUCUGGCAAACCCAGACUCGUCCAUCCGACUGCCAGACAAAGAAGCAUGUUUAGUCACUCCCGAGAACACGUCUCCACUGGUCUAGAGUCCAAUGGUAACAUGCUUUUACACCGCUGCAUCUGGCACUUUGUGCUUGGUGAUGUAAGGGUUGGUUGCAGCUGUUUGGCAAUUGAAACCUUUUCUAUGAAGCUCUUUACGCUCUGUUCUUGAGAUGUGCAUCUGUAGCGAUUCUCUGCAGAAAGUUGGUGACCUCUAUAUUUAUAACAUCUAAGUAAAAGAAAACUUUUUUUUUUUCCAAUUAUGACAGUGGUAUCAAACAUCAAAGUACAGCUUCCCUCUAGUGGGCAGGGUUUAAACACAAAACAAAAUAAUUAAAAUAAUUUAAAAUUAAUAUAACAUUACAAAAGAACAUUUUUCGACACCUGUAGAUCAAUAUUUUCGUAUGCCCCUAGUGCUUAGUUUGAUCUUUUUGGUCAGAUGCUUUUUGGAAACCUAGCCAGAGCGGUAGAUCUGUAAACAGAAAUCUAUAAAUAGUUCAAAUAAAUGUGCUUCCCAUGGUUCCUAGAGCAAUGCCAUAUAGAAGAAUCAAGUUCUGUUACUGUAGAAAGCCAUAUUUUUAUAGUGUGGAAAAUCUUUUGACAAUAUAAAGAACCUUUUGAAGAUCCCCUUAUUUUUAGGUAUUUGCAACAUCCAUCUCGUUUUUUCCUAAUCAUUCUUGAAUUCAUAAAGAAGUAAAUCUGCCAGCAGUUAUUUUUAUAAGAAAUUACUAGACAUAUGAGGAGUGGUUUGCAAAUUGUUAAGCAGAGUGCUCUGUAAUGGUUCAAUUCUUUGUUAUGUCUCCAUUAAUUCCAAUAAGAAGAGUUAUAGUCACUGUCAGAAUGAAUGGUGUUAUUAUCUUGUCACACAGAUAAUAAGGACAGAUUGAGAUUGUGCUGUGUUAUCUUUCUACUUCCAGAACACACAUACACAUCCAGACAUUGAGGAUGCACUUCACAGUCUAACUACUCUAUUUGUCAAGGUACAAUUAAAAUAUCUUGUAUAAAAAAAGAGUGAGCGUCUUUAUCGUGCUGGGCCACAACCGACUCAA